AUGGAGGACAGCCUUAAUGUUAAUUUCCGACUUUUGGACGGCAAACAGGUUACUCUGUCUCUACCGAAAGACACGCCGGUAUCCGACGUCAAGGCCCUAGUUGCGGCGCAGUGCGACAUUGCCCCGGAGAACCAAAGGCUUAUAUUUAAGGGACAACUGCUAUUGGAUAACAGCACGCUUGGAUCAUACGGACUUGAAUCGGGAUCCACGGUGCACGUCGUCGCCAAUGCGACUGUUCCAUCGAGUAAUCAACAACAGCAGAGCCCACAAGGCAACAGCAGGCCCUCGAAGUUCAGCGAGGCUAUGGCCUCAUCAAUGAGUUCGCUUAUGCGAGAAUUUAUGGCGCCACAAGGUGGCGAUGGGGAGGCACGCAACCCUUUCUCCGCUUUAGGCGCAAUUUUGGGUAAUGCGGCAGGUCAGGGGAACGCACAAGGAGGGGGCAUGCCGAGCGGUUCUGAUGCGACGAACAAUCUCUUGUUACAUGGCAUGAAACUCGCCCAGAAACUUACUGAAUCCAAUAGCGAGUUCGGCAAUCUCGCUUCCAAGCUUCUAAGCGGCAUGAUGAAACCAGAUGGACAUCGUCCAGGUGAAUCUUCUGGUGUUGGUGCGACUGCUGCCACUUCUUCAAGCCAUGCGGCAGAAACGGCAGUACAUCAAACAGCCACAAAGGCUACUGACAGCGAGGAGGAUUCGAGCAUGACACAAUAUUCAGCCGUCGCCGCCGUCUCAAGCGCAAAGGGCGCAAUCGAUGCCGUCUACGAUUUGAUGCAACGUGCGCCAGACCACUCGAAUGAUGGCAACGCAGGUGUACAUGUCCCGCCGGAAGGGAGGUCUAUGGAGAAUUUGGAAACCGACCUUGCUUUGACAAGGUCACCAAACGGCCUCUUCUUAGAAGACACCCAUGGCCUAAACUCUAACCUCCCGUGGACAUUUCUGCAGCUUCUCGAGAAAGAGGUAGCUCAGAUAAAAGGCACGGGUGCCCCUAAACGUGAGAUUGGAAAUGCAGCUGAAUUUAUGGCGCGUUACCGCGAAGUCGUUGCGAGUGCUGCUGAAAUAACGAGCGACCUGGCAGAUUGGUCCAUGCGCUCCCGCACGAUGGAUGCCAAUCGUUUCUCCAAGAUAUCUUCGAUAUGGUCACUUCAAGCUGCGUUACAGGGUGAGAUGGCACUUAUUGCGACUACUUUACGCAACAAGUAUUUAAAGAUGGAUAAGUCUGCAAGUGGUGCAAGUCAGGCGUCCGCCGGCGUUCAGCACUCGCAACAUGCUACUGCCGGAGCGGAUUCCACAACAGGAACCUCGGCACACACCGGUGUUAGGAAGACUGAUGCAGCAGAUCGGGGAUCAGCUAAUGCCGCCGUAACUGCAACGCAAUACGACACUCACCACCACUCGCCGGGCGGAUCUGCAACAUCGUGCUGUUCACACAACAGCGGCGAAGGUCAUAGGCAACAUGCGCCAGUACCCAAUUUUGGUGACAUGCUCUCCAGCUUUGGUCGCAUUGCGGAGUCUGCCCUGAAACAGAUGCAGCGUCCCCAACGCACUACCGUGGUAGAUACAUCCAGCACCGAGGAGGACAUGCUGGUGGACACUACAUGGCUUCGUCGCCAGUUCAACCAGUACCGCAAUAGCGCUGGUUUCCAGUCGCGCAUGGAAGAGUUGGCGCGCAAGACCAAAAAGCUUGGCGCCAAGUACUGUACCGGUGAGGUCCGAAAAUGA